UUUGCCCAGAGGGCUCUGUGUCAGCCCAGCAUUCAGACUAUUUGUGUCCUGUGGGUCACUACUGCCCCACUGGCAGCCCAGAGCCCAUACCCUGUCCCUCUGGAAAAUACCAGGAUCAGGCUGGGAAAAGCCAGUGUGAAACAUGCCCAGCCGGAAUGUUCUGUGCCCUAGAAGCCCAUCCAGGUGAUCUCCAGGAGAACUUCUCACAUGGUGUGGUCAAAGCAGUAGAAUGCGCAGCAGGAUACUACUGCCUGCCAGGAACAAAAGCUGCCAAUCAGUACCCGUGCCCAGAGGGCACCUACAGCAACCAAACUGGGCUGGAAAAUCCCAGGGAAUGCAAGCCUUGUCCUGGAGGCAUGUUUUGUGCCAGUGCAGGACUCUCCUCCCCAAGUGGUCCUUGUUCACCUGGGUAUUACUGCACUUCAGAGGCCCGUGUCCCCAAUCCUGUCCAUGAUGAGGCAGGCAGCCUUUGCCCAGCAGGACAUUACUGCCCACCAGGCAGCAGCAAGCCAGAGCCGUGUCCCGCUGGCACCUUUCUACCUCAGGCUGGGAUGGUUUAUGGUAAUGCCUGUCUGCCUUGCCCUGGGGGGAGGUUCUGCCAAGGAGAAGGCCUGGCCAGUGUUUCUGGAACAUGUUACGCUGGGUAUUUCUGUCACCGUGGAGCCACGCAGCCAGAUCAUGAGCACUGCCCCUCUGGCUUCUACUGUCCUGAAGGCUCUGAAUCCCCAGUCCCUUGCAGCCCUGGCAGCUUCAACCCUGACAGUGGGAAAUGGCAGUUGACAGACUGUCAGCCCUGCCCAGCUGGGUACUUCUGCAGCGGUGUAUGA